GCCUUGUGUUGUGAGUUGUGAUUCCUGUGCUGUGUAUGUACUUUUAAUAAUAAUUAAUUAUUUACCAUCUUAUUGAAUUAAAUUUGUUAUAAUAUGCUGUAAAAUAGUAUAGUGUUGUGUAUACAGUGACGGCGCAAGCGAAAGUGCCCCCCGAAAUAAAAAUGACUAAAAAGGGGUGCUGCAAAAUACCCCAGUGCCGUAACGGCUCAGAAAAAUCCUGCAAUCCCGAAGUAAUUUACCAAAAGUUUCCCACUAAAGAGAAAAUACGACGCCGAUGGCUUCGAGCUAUACAAGGGACUUUCAAAUUCUUCAGCAUUGACGAAACAUCGACUCCAAGAAUUUGCAGCGACCAUUUUGCUGAAAGGGAAUUUAUUCCUGGUAAAAAUGGCAAAAGGAUUCUGAAGCUCGAUGCUGUUCCUACACUGUUUACGUGUAACAUCAAAAAAGAGGGCAGCAUUAAGAAAGAGAAAAACCCUUUGCCUCCUCCUCCUCCUGUUCAGCCCGAAGUGGGGCGAAGCAGAAGGCAAGCAAGCAAAGAGGCCCUUAAACAAAUGCAGAUUAUAUUGGACGACGACGACGACGACCCUGUAGAAAUACCAGAUGAAGAUGAUAUGCCACUUACAGCCAUAGUAGCGCCCCCGAAGAAGAAAUACAAAUUGACCCACAGAAAAUCGUCUGAUGGAAAUGAUCGUGAAGUUUUAGUUUUAAAAACCAUCCAACCACCACCUGAGCCAACGCCCUCCGAAGAACCGCCCAUAGUAAUUUCGGGCAUAAUUAAUCACGACAUCGAAAACAAUCUGGAAUUAGAAUGCUGGGUGGAAGAGUUGGAACAAUGUCAGAAAGAUUUGCACAAUAAACUAGCCGAAGAAGAAAAAACCUUGGCUACAAAGCUUGAGGAAUUAGUAGAGGGUUGCAAAGGUGAAGUUAUUUACAAAGGAGAACUUACUUCAAUUAUAGAAGUUGGGGAAGAAGUACAAAAAGCCAUAAAAAUGGUGCAAGAAUCUUGGAACAAGCCUCCAAUUGUAAUAAACCAGCCAGUGGCUCCACCACCUAAUAAUUACCAAAUGCCUAUAGAUUCAAGAAUAGGCGUCAUUCUUUCACCUAGUAGCAGUAGUGCUAAUACUCCUCCACCUAAACUACCCAAAAUCCAUGUGGCUACAAAUCUGCAAGCUACUCCAGUGAGUCAACCUGCUUCCAUUUUGAGACCUAGAACUUUUCGAGGGGCUAAAAAGACUUCGCCUCCACCAGCCACAAUAACCACUCGCUCUUUGGCUCCACAUCCACAACCAACUACACGUUCUUUGGCUCCACAUCUACAACCGACUACACGUACUGUGGCUCCAGCAACUAGUAUAACCACCCGGUCUGUGGCUCCACAUUCCCAACCGACUACACGUCCUAUAGCUCCAUCAACUAGUAUAACCACUCGCUCUGUGAUUAAACGAGUGGCGCUGCCUCCUACUCCUGCGACUCCACCAGCUACUAGAUCCAGACCAACUUCCUCCGUUGCCCGCCCAACAGAAACGACAGUCGAAGGCGGUUUGACAGCGGGCGCCGCUUCUAAAGCGAUCGUCGAUUUGACAACGUCGGAUGACGGCAAAUCGGCACCGGACAGUCGCGAAAUUUCCUUCAACAAAUUGCAAGGAAAAACGUAUCCGUCGCUGGUUGUGGUGGCCAGGCCCCACUUAAGAGUGACAGAUGUCAAUGUUGACAGGUCGAAGCUGGACGCCAAGGUCAAGUCGGUGCUCAUGUAUCCGGCGACGAAGUUUACCGAAUGGUUACUACAACAAGGCCUGGUAAGAUCCGACCAAACUUGUACCGUACACACUUCCAGCCCACUAAAGCUGGGUAUGUACAGUGACGUCACGAAAUUCCCGUAUUCGGGCGGCUACGUCUGGAUUUCCGAAUGUUGUCCGCAACGAUUCGUUUCGGUCUUUUGCGGGUCGAUUUUCGAAGGCGCCGCCCAUCCUCCACUGGUCAUUUUGAAGAUCUUGUACCACUGGGCUUGUCAGACCAACAUACAGAACGUCACACAAUGGGUCAAAGUAGACAACCUCUAUGUCAAAAGUAUGUACACGUGGCUGCGCGCCAUUUGCUCAGUAUCUUUGCAAACUCAUAUGAGACAAUUGGGUGGACCUCACAUCAAAGUUGAAGUGGGCGUAAUUUCCUUGGGUACCACCUCGCAAGACGGCAGCGCCCGCCAAGUCAAAGUUGAGGUACUUGGAGUACUAGAAACGAGCACAAAACUAAUAAAACUACGUGCCAUUGAGCCAUUAACAGAUGGAGACAGGAACUACAAAAAGCGGUUUUGUAAAAUUUUAGAGCCUUUAGCUCAAUGGGUGCACCCAAGUAGUACCAUCGUAACUGAUUUGACUGUGGAUAAGGCAACAUUGCAAUCAAUGGGUUUCAAUCAAGUGAUCCAAAACACUGGCGAAUCAAACAAAACUAUUAUGGAAUAUUUAAGGAGAAUUGUGCCUAGGAUGUUCCAAAAUACUUUGUCAUUAUUAUCCAGACAAAUUAUCCAACAAUUUUUAGACGAAUUGGUUUGGAGAGAAUGGUUCGGUACCACUUCGAUGUUAGCCUUUGACAAUUUAGUAGCUCAUGUUGCUGAACAAACCCGCUUCGAUGGUACUGCUAGUUUAGUAAUGAGACUAAACCGAGUGGCUAUGAAUCCGUUUAAAAACUGGUCAGUGCCUGUUAGCAGCAGUACUGUAGUACCACCCCCACCUAAACCGUUUCAAGAUCAAUCCAAGAAACGUAAACGCACCAGCCAAGUGGAACCAAUUACACAAGAACGCCCACCCAAAUCAAUUUCGCCUGAUGUGCCAGAGCAAAUGGUACCAUUGGAAAACUACUAUUACGGUACCAUCGAUCAGUACCCAACCAAAAUAAACGUGAAGCUGUCUAAUUUAAAGUGUCCCUUUUGCAAGGAGACUUUUAACAACAACAUUCUGUUGAUGAGCCACUUGUUUAGGCAUGCACAUAAUGUUAAAGACGGCGAAAUGUGCCGGUACUGCUUGACUAGUGUACAAACUGAAAACGACCUGCGCAAACAUGUUGCUUCUACGCAUCCAGUAGAAACUAAACACGAAAACGGUUUUAUGUGUUUGAUUUGCGAAACCCAAUAUAUGAAUCCGUUUGUUUUGGGUAAACACAUGUCCAAGGAACAUUGUCCGUCUGAGUUACCUUACCAAUGUGGUACUUGUGGUUAUAGAUGCUCAAAUCAUAAACAAGCCAUUGACCAUUUCUAUAAGCAGCAUGAUAAUGGGCCUACUAUACAGUGUCCGUUUUGUCUCAAGUCGACUACAGUGUUUUCUACUUCAAGAAAUAUCGCUCAGAAUAUGCACUUUUUCAUACAGCAUUUGCAAAAGCAUCAACGGAAAUUGUACGCUAGAAAGUGUCCAAAGUGCGCGUUGUGGUUCAUCCAAAAAGACCUACUCCGCGAGCACCAAACCAAAAUGCACGUGUCGCAACGUGGCAAAACCGGCUUGAUAUCGUGGUCAGCGCCGCCCAGAUCUGGUGCCGUAAUGGUACCCAAAUCCAAGAUGGACAUUUACCCCUGUGACGCCGAUGCUAUCAACUUUAGCAACUUGUACUACAACGUUGCUAAGAAUUUAAAGUGCAAAGAGUGCGAGGGGUCUAUGGAUAGUAACAAACAUUUUCCCUCUUUCGAAACCUGUCAAAACUGUCAAUAUUCAACAUGUUGCUCCAAAACCAUGCAAGUGCACACUUCAAAGUGCGUCAAAAAUGCACAAAAGAAUGCUCCCAAUGAUCCUUUACCUUGCAAAAUGUUUUGCAUUUGUGGAUUCAAUCAUCAAGAUGGUAACCAAAUGGCCAAACAUUUGGCCCUCUGCGAAAAGAAAUCGGCCUACCCGUCACUCUCUGAAGCUAAAAGUGCCUCAGUCACUCACAGCAUGCUUGACGUUUUGGGCUUGGUACGAAAACCAGGUGAGUUUUCUUGUGCAAAAAAGUCAACUACACCUAAAAAGAAAGUUGUUGAAACUAUUACAAUUAUUGAAGAAGAUGGUGCAACAUCAACAAAAGUUGAAAAAGCGAAAAGAAAAUCAUCACAAAAUAAAGAAGAAAUUAAUGCUAAAAAGGUCAAAAUUAAUGACGAAAAAAGCGAAGUAGCUUUUGUAGAUGAACAUACAUCUGAAGAAGAAGUUAAAACUAAAAAAGCUAAAAUUGAUGUUGAAGUUAAAGAAACCGAAGUGGCUUUUGUAGAAGAGCAUAAAGAAGAAGAACAUAAAUCCAAAGAAGAGGAAACUGAUAUGUUGGCAAUGGAUGACGAUGCUACAAAAAAUGCUGAAGAAAUUUUAAUAAUUAUUAACGAAGAUGAUGACAAUUUAGAAACCGAGAAAGAUGAUACUAGAAUAGUUAAUCUUGAUGAAACAGAAAAUUCUACAAAAAUUGUCAAUGAAGAGAAAAAGGAAAUAAAUAAAGAUGCUGUAAUAAGUCUUGAAAAGGAAAAAGAAGAACCAGAAAAAACUAGUAAAAAAGAUUCAAUAAAUCUUAACGAAGAAGAAAAUAAUUCUCCAAGAGAGAAAGAAGCAGAAAAUAAUAUUGUUGAUGAAAACGCAAAAGUAGAUGAUAAAAAUGAAGACAGUGCAGAAAAAGUGAGUGAAACACCAGAGAAACCUGAAGAAAAUGAAGUGAAAGUUUCAUCACUACAAUCUUCAAAUUCUGAGCUGGAAAAAAAAGUUUCAGAAGAUAACACUGAAGCAAUUGUUGCAAUUAAUUCUGAACCAGUCAAGGAAAAUUCUCCCAUGGAAAUGGCUGAAGUUGAAUCUGUCAAAGAGGCCAGUAUGGACGUGGAUUCGCGAUCCAACGAACCAAUGGAAUUUGACGACGUUUCGAAUUCCGCAAUGGAAACCGAUUAAAAAUGAAUUUCCAGGUGAAUUUAUUGUUAAGCUUAGUUAUAGAAAAUAAUUACUUGUUAAGUGUGAAAAUAAUAUUUAGAAAUUGGUCGCCAUCCUUUGCGAAUCUAGAUUUUUUUAUUUUUAGCUUUUAGGAUUUAAGUUUAUUAAGUUUUUUUUUACAAUGUUGCAACACUGUAAAAUGUUUUAUAAUAGCUUUUCAUUAAAAUUAUUUUUCAUUUUUGUGCAAUUUAAAAGUAUUUGACAACACUGCAAUACUAGUGCAGCAUUGACAAUUUUUUUCUGAAUAAUGAAAUAUUACACAACGUUGAGUAAAUGUCGUAGCAUUAGACAACGUUGCCAUGCUUUAUUGUUUUUAUUAGAAAACCCAGGAAUAUUUUCUUAAUUUUUAUUUUUUUUUCAAGAAAUUUUGUAUUAAAGAUUUAAGUUUAAGUGAGCAUUUGGGUUAAUUAUUGGCUCAAAUUCUUUUGUACAUAAAUAAUGUCAAGUUAUAUUUUUUUCUGUAUUUUAUACUUUAAGUUUAGUUUAAUAUACAUUUAAGGGCUAUACUAGGUGUCUUUUAUUUUUAUACAUAUUCAGGAAAAUAUGUACCCUUGGACAUUUUGGCUUUUUUCUUAGGAAACUUUUGAGGAGAAAAUUUUGAAAUUUUGAGCAUUAAAAUAAGAAAAAAAUUAGCUCAUUAUACCAAAGAAUAUUAUAUACUAACGUCUCUAGAAGAACCGUCCGGCGGCGAAAAUAUAAACCUGCGUGAUGGCGCUAGUGUCCUAGUAAAAUCAGUCGUUUCUGCGAUUAAAUUAAUUUGAGGCACUAAAUGCACGCGUAUUUGCUAGGCUGCGUUGCCAAGUUGUCUUUUGUAUAACAAAUUAAAUGCCUGUGUUUUAUAUAGGUAAUUAUUAUACAUAUACUUACCAUAGAAUAGGAAUAUUUUAUAAUUUAAAAAAAAAAAUAAAUAGGUAAAUAGUUAUGUAUUUUUGUGGGUAGUAAUUUUCUGUUACUAAUAAAUAGAGGAAUAAAAC